CACGGACAAAAUUAUUUUUUCUAGAAAUUCAAAGAUGAACUAAAAUUAUAACAAAAUUAUUGAUUUUAACGAUGGAUAAGGAUUUUAAACAUUUUGCUAUAAAUAAAAAACAACAUUCGCGGAGACUCGAAACUUACGUACCUACAUUUUAAAUGAUGAUAUAUUUUAUUGUUAUACAUUUUACUAUUAGUAAGCUGAUAUUAGACUGACUAGUAGUAAGCCUUAUUAGUAGGCUGACAGAUCGUGAAAAUCCUUUUUUUUUUUUUUUGUAUAUUAUAACGAUGCCGUCGAAUUCAAAAUAUCUAAUACACCCAUCCGGCGACCGCAGUGACCCACUCCACGGCGAAACCGCGGUUACCCACUUUUCCACCUCUCGCCAAUCUCAAAAGUUUAACCUCAGCAGGCGUGGGUACUUACAGGUUUUCACCUCCCCUCGCGGUCAUAAUAUCACACCGGCGCGAUGACGCGAGUGACGAUUAUUUGCGGCACUCGUUCCCGGAAGUAACGGAUAGCGUAUUACGUAUUAGGCACGGUGCGACCUAUAUAUAUAUACGCGUCCACCGCGGGUCUUACGGGCACACGCGUAGUGGCCACGUGCGUGUGUUUCGCAGGUGUCACGUUGCCGGGAACGUGUGUUCGUACGCCGCGGCCGAGUAGGAAGGCGACUACUUCGGCGUCGUAGCGGCCACACUCGCACUCCCGGGUCCGACCCGCACAGCCGUGUACGACUGACCUGACUCGACCUGUAACGAGACGGCAUCACCGCCCAAGACCGCCUGAACAGGACCGCACCGCAAUCGUACCAUGUCCGCCGUCGGUUGGCCGUUCGGCGGUGAUAUUUCGCGCGGGUCGUCCUUCGACGGAGGAAGUUCGUCCAGCGGUUCCAGCGACGACGGAGGAAGUUCGUCCGGCGGUUCCAGCGACGACGGAGGAAGCUCGUCCGGCAGCAGUUCCGGCGACGACAAUUCCGGAAACUGCGGUUCGGACAGCGUGUCGUCGUCGUCGUCGUCGUCCGACGAAGAAGCGUACGGCGACGGACCGGUGGUCAAGUGGCUGAAGAUGUUCCGCACCACCAUCCACCAGGUGGCCGCCGGCGACAAACGCCUUUGUCCGCGGCAGCCGGUCAAGACUAUCCUCCGGCCGCUGACCACGUACAGAUACGUGGUUGGCAUGUCCGGGCUACAGUACAAGGUAGCCGUUUAUCCGAAAUACUCGUAAACCCCACCACCCACCCCAUCUUGUGUAGAAUUCAACUCGGAACGAAAACAAUUCAAUAAUUAUUAUUGGCGACGAUUCGGACACUGUCGACUUAUUAUGUUUAGUAGCUAUUAGAAAUGCCCUGUGUGUGUGUGUGUAUGUGUAUGUGUAUUUAUCAAAACAACUCGUAAAAAUUAAAACCUUUCAAAUGCAUAAACGCUUCGGAGUACGAAUUUCAAAUAUAUUUCAUUAAAUUUAUUGCCAAUUGUUGAACUAUAUGGUUAAAAAAAAAUACGAAUAACACAAAAAAACAUUUAAAAAAAAGUAACAGUAUAUGUAAUAUAUUAAAUUAUUGUUGUAUAAAAUUGGAAUUUUAUAUAAAUAAUUCGCAUUAAAUUUAUAGUCAUUACAAAAUAUAAAAACAUAGGUACACCGAAGCAUAUGUAAUUUUAAAAUUUUGUAUUUUCCUUAUUUUUUCAUCAUCGUGAUAUAUUAUACAUCGAUUUUGAUUUUUAAAUAGUGUCUUAUAUUUUUACUUUCACAAACUGAAAAAAAUAUUUUUCCAAAAAUGAUUAUGCAAGAACACUGAAUGUUUGUUAAUGAUGAACAUUGAAAAACAUUUAAAAUAUUAUUAUGAAAUAAAAUCAUGUCGAUUUUGACGAAAAAGAUUUACCUAAAACAUGAUAUUUUACUUGUGAGAAUUUUAAUAUAGUUAUAGAAAAGUAUAAAGGUACAUAUUGGUACUUUUUUAAUUAUUUAAAUGUUCUAUGCUAUUACGAUCAUAAUCAUUUCUUGCUUUAAAUUCGAUGUAGUAGCUGGUUUAAACUUUAUUAUUAGUAAAAUACCCUUUACCUACCUACAUACAUCUUCCCUUUUUAAUAUUACUACAUUUAUAAAAAUCGCAAUUUGAUAAAAAUAAUUACUAUUAAAAACAUAAGAGAGAUAUAUAAUACUGAAAUAUAUGAAACAAUGAAACAUUAUUAUAAUCUAUAACUAAUUAGCAUUCAGCAGGUUAGGUUAGUAUUACCUUCGACCUACCUAAUAUAUACCAGGGACUAAAAUAUUGUAUGUAAUAUAAAAUGUUAAGUAUGUAAUACGAAAUAAUUAAAAAGUGUGUAAUGGUCUAACUGUUUUUCUCCUUAAUUUUAUUUUUAAUUAAUUGAUUUGUAUAAUAUAUAUUAAUAUAUCGUGUAAAAAUAUCUUUUCUACAUGAUAUAUAUGUUGCUGGCAAAGUGAAAAUAUAGUUGUGACCAUCCUCGUUUGAGCAAAACUAUAGUGACUUUUAUCGUACAUUUUUUUUACGACCAUAAAAUGUAUGAUCAUUUAACGACCACACGUAGUCAAUUUUCGUUGUUAUCGUAUUUUAUUUACUUCUCGUAUUAUAGUUAUACAGAAUACACAUUACUAAGUUGGAACAAUAUUGUCGGUGGGAGAAUAAUAACUAAUAAAUAAUAAUGUAUAUUAUGUAAGCACCUCAAAUAUAUAUUUUUGUCGUAGUUUUAUAAUUAAAUGUAUUAACUGUUCAAAUGCUUAAAAUUAACAUUAUACCUACCUAAUGUCACUAUAUUGAAGUAAAACUUCUUUACGCGGGGUAGUGAGGAAAAAAAAAGCGAACGGUCGGCCGUACGAACGUGAACGCUUACAUGUGUUACUAUAGUAACUAUAUAGUAAAAUUAUUAUUAUUAUAUAUGUUCAGUCGCAAAUGUACGUUUCGUAUUUCAGUUAUCAUAUGCCAAUCAUAACUACUAUACCGAUUGAGCAAAAUGAUAAUCAUUAGAAUAAAAAAAUUAAAAAUAACUCUAAAAAAUAUAAAUUACAUUGUUUUUUUUCUUUCUUUAUUAUCCUCAUUACCCCAGUCUAUCCAUGCCUUUCUUUUUCACUCACUCAUGUGUACCGUUUAAAAGAAGUUUCACUUCCCGCGCGCGUACUGGUAACACAUACAUAUUUUUUUUUGCUUAUUUAAUCAUAAUUUAAUGAUAUUUUAAUAAUAAUAUUUAUUUUAUAAUUAUUUAUAUUUUAAAUUAUUAUAGUAUUUAAAACGUUAUGGUUUACUCAAAUAAGGUUAGUCACAAUUAGGUUUCCCAGGACAAAAGCCGAAAUAUGACAUUUUGCUAAAGUUUUGUGGACAGUUUGCGUUUUUCCGUAGCAUAUACUAACUGUUAACUAUGUAUACCAUAUAGUUUAAUAUCGUACUAUAUAUUAUUCAUAUAGAAACUUUGACUAAUUUAUAUGUCCGUUUAUGGUUUAAAUAUAAUGUUUUGAGGGGUAUGGAGACAGAUGGACAAAGCCCGCGGUAAUACUAAGUUUAAUAUACAUGUGUAACAAAAUAUAUUUUUUAGUCUCUGAUAUAUACUUAAUAUAUGAUAUUAUCUUCUAUACAAAAAUCCUAUACCUACUUUUCAAUUAGCGUAUUAUAGUUUAAUGUGUUUCAUAUGAAUCAAACAAUUGUUGAUAAAUAUGUAACAAU